AUGGCUCUCCAUCAAGAGGACCUGCUCCCCGACGUUCAGACUUCUCGAUCUGACACCAACGACCGCGGACCGACUGCGCCAUUUUCUCCCCAACACGACGCCAUCAAGACUUUACCCUCUGCGCCGACUAGCCUCACCACGUUCGAGGACGAUGAGACUCCAUCGGUUCCGUUGUCUGCAGAAGGUAUCCCCGUGGUAAAGAAACGCAAACUCAAAGCCCGUCCAGACGGACAGGGCGGGUAUAAAUGCCAGUACUGUCCACAGGAGUUCAGAUACAUUUAUGCUUGGAGAGACCACAUGAGCCAGAGGCAUGAGCGCCCGUACAAAUGCACUUACGCGGGGUGCAAGAACCACAAGGGAUUUCUCAAUCCUAUCGGUCUCAGGCGUCACUAUACCAACGUUCACCUCAAGGAGAUCAAGUGGUUUUGUGCCUCCGAGGAUUGCAUAAAACAUACACACGGCUUUGUUCGGUUCCAACACCUCAAGAGACACGAAGAACAGUUUCACGGGAACUACAUAUCACAGGCUACUCGCAGGGGCGAGCAGAAUGGAACAUCCGGCGGACAGCCAACGAAGAGGACCAAGAAGCAAGAGGCCGAGAGCCCCGAGGAAGAGGUCAACGACCCCGAGGAAGAGACCGCAAACCUUGAGGAAAGAAUCAGAUAUCACCUGCAAGAGUUGGGGAGGCUCGCCGGAUUGCUGCAAGGAGUCCGCGCGAGCCAUGUGUCCUAA